GCAGGUCAGGCACCAUACACAGAGGGAGACACGUUUGAAGAGAGUCCUUGGUUUUGGAAGAGUGACUUCCAUUCACUAAAAUAAUGUUCCUGAAAUGAAGAAGCUGGGGUUCAUUUCCACAACUGUGGGAAAAUGUUAACCAAUGAAAGAGCCCAUUUUUGGUCAGGAAGGAUUUCACGAAGUAAGUCUGAGGGAAAUUUAUGUGACAUGGAAGAUCAAAAAUCCUCAAGAAAUUUCCAUAUUACAGAAUGUCCAGACCCAGGAUUUCUUCUCAAUUGGCCAGAUGCUUUCACCUGUCAUGGCAAUAGUGCUUCCAAAAUUACAAAUCCAUUCUGGAAUGAAUUGUCUGCUUCUAACCCAUUUUUGGAUGACAUAACUCAGCUAAGAAAUAACCAGAAGAGAGACAAUAUUUCCAUCUUGAAGGAAGAUCCUUUUCUCUUUUUUAGAGAAAUAGAAAUCGGAAAUUCUUUUGAUUCCUCUGGCGAUGAACUGGAUGUGCAUCAGUUGCUUAGGCAGUCUUCCCCACGGAAAGCUGGAAGAUCUAAAAGUGUUUCAGAACUUUUGGACGUUUUAGAUGACACAGCACAUGCCCAUCAGAAUAUACAUAACUCUGACCAGAUACUAGAACAAGACUUAGAAUGGCUUCAGAAUGACAGAGAGGCUUAUAAAAUGGCUUGGUUAAGUCAGCGCCAGCUGGCCCGUUCCUGCCUGGAUUUGAAUAUAAUUAGUCAGAGUCCUGGAUGGGCCCAAACACAAGUUGCAGAGAUUGUGACAGUUUGUAAAUUAAGCCACCAAGGAGGAUCAGUACAAUUACCUGAAUCAGAUAUCACUGUUCAUGUACCCCAAGGCCAUGUAGCUGUGGGAGAAUUCCAAGAGGUAUCUCUAAGGGCUUUUCUUGAACCUCCACAAACGCUUAACCAUGAUCUUUCAUGCACCGUAAGCCCACUAUUGGAAAUCAUGUUAGGCAACCUUAACACAAUGGAAGCCAUUUUGCUGGAGAUGAAAAUAGGGGCUGAAGUGAGAAAGGAUCCUUUCAGCCAAGUCAUGACAGAAAUGGUAUGUUUACACAGCUUGCGUAAAGAAGGCCCUUUCAAAGUGUUAAACAACUGCUAUAUUUAUGAAGACAUUAUUCAAGUCAAGCUAAUAGACUUGAGCCAGGUGAUGUAUCUAGUGGUUGCUGCACAAAUUAAAGCUACUCAGUCACCAGCUGCCACCAUUUGGGAUUGUAUCCACAAAACCACGUCAGUUGGAAUUUAUGGGCCCAGAUAUAUUCAUCCCAGUUUCACUGCUAUUUUUAUAGUUUGUGGACACAGUUAUAUGCCAGGAAAGCUUACAAUCUCUGAUAUUAAGAAGGGUGGUAAAAACACAUCUCCGGUUGUGUUUCAGCUUUGGGGGAAGCAUUCAUUCUUCCUUGACAAGCCACAAGAUUUAAAUGUUUCUGUUUUUUCAUGUGAUCCUGAUUUUGAAGUGAAGGCAGAAGGAGAAAGGAAAGAAAUUAAACAAAAGCAGUUGCAAGCAGGUGAAGUAGUUAAUCAACAAUUUUUAUUUUCCUUAGUUGACUCCAGAGAAAUGCACUUGUUUGUUUUCCGUGUUCAGGUGGAGCCUCCCAAUGGUAGAGCACUUACACAGUUCUUUAUCACUACACCUGAUCCAGCUCCUAGCCUAAAAAGGCUCUCAAAUCUGCCAGGUAAUUGGCAGGAAGAGAAGAAAAUCAGGUCUGCUCCAUUGUUACCAACUGUGUGUGUUAAAUAUCCCACAUUUCAGGACAAAAAAAUGAACUUCACCAACUAUGGGGUAACCUUGAAGACAGUGCUAAGACAAAAAAAGAUUGACUACUUACUUGAAUAUUUCAAAGGGGACACAGUAGCUCUUCUUGGAGAGGGUAAGGUAAAAGCUAUUGGGCAGUCCAAAGUGAAAGAAUGGUAUGUGGGAAUCUUGAGAGGUAAGGUUGGACUUAUACAUUGCAAAAAUAUCAAGGUGAUUGCCAAGGAACAAGUAAUAUCUAUGUCAGAUAAUGUCUUCACAACCAGAAAUCUUCUUGAACAAAUUACCCUACCCUUUAAAAAACUGACGUACAUCUACUCAGUUGUAUUGACCUUGGUGUCAGAAAAAGUUUACGAUUGGAAAGCUUUAGCCGAUGUCUUGGGUUACUCACAUCUGGCACUAGAAGAUUUUGAUCAAAUACAAGCAGACAAAGAAUCGGAAAAGGUUUCCUAUAUUGUAAAGAAGUUAAAGGAAGAUUGCCAUGCAGCUAGACACGCCAGGAGGUUUCUUUAUGAACUUAUUGUGGCUCUGCUGAAGAUGGAUUGCCAAGGGUUAGUAGCACAGCUCAUCCAAGAGGCUGCUAUUCUGACAUCAGCUGUCAAACUUGGAAAAGGCUGGAGGGAACUAGCUGAAAAGUUAGUGCGACUCACAAAGCAACAGAUGGAGGCAUAUGAAAUUCCUCAUCGAGGAAAAGCUGGAGGUAUUGCUGUUGAGAUGAUGUGGAAACCUGCUUAUGAUUUUCUCUAUACUUGGGGUGCUCACUAUGGAAAUAGCUACAGAGACGUGUUACAAGACCUUCAAUCGGCUUUGGACAGAAUGAAAAACCCUGUGACCAAGCAGUGGCGAGACUUAACUGGAGCUUUAAUACUGAUACAUUCCUUAGAGUUUUUGAGAGCAACUGCAUUCUCUACUUCUGAGGAAGUAUAGGGUAUGUUUUGGGGAAGAGGGAGAAUGGUAGGAGGGAAAUGGAGUGCGUGUGUGUGUAUGUGUGUGUGUGCAUGUGGUGUGUGCACACACGCGUACAUAAAGAAUCUCAGAAAAGUAUUACUUUUUUUUCAUUUGUCAAAAAGUAUUUUUUCCUGGUGAAAGCACAGCUUAACACAAAGUCCAAGGAUACAUUUUAUAAUUAAACAUGUAAUUUUAUAUGUUUCAAAUGCAAACAUUAAGCCAUUUUGUUGUUGAGAAAGGACAAUAAAACCUUGCCCCUUUCAAAGUUGCUUUAAUUUCUUUAAGUCAAAACAAAUGGCUGUUAGCAUAAUUACCUCACACAGUUACCUAGAUAAACUAGAGGCUCCCAGUGUGAACACUGGAGUUUUACUUGUAGCAGGUCUAGAGAGAGGAGAAGCAAACACAUACUCUGUGCACAGGCACAGAGCCACAAGCUUUCUAUAUUCCAUCUCUUUUAUUUAUUAGUGGAGUUUGCUAACAUUAUUCCCUAUUUUCAUCUGAAAAGACUAAGGACUGGUGAGGACACUCAGGGCAAAUAUCCAAUGGGAAAUAAGUUUUCUGUCUGCAAAAUCUGGUUUUAUUAUUUUUUUAAACAUAGCACAUAGCAAAAUAGUAAAAAACUAAAAAUGCACAUUAAAACUUAUAGGGACAUAGUAGCAACUUCAUUUUAAGUGAAACUUGCUGCACUUUUCCACCAUCUAUUGAAAGACUGCCAGAAAAAAAAAAUAUGACUGAUCAUCAGAAAUCUGUUGUUUGCAUCCAUGGACUAGAGUUUUCACCAUCUUCCUUCCCCUGGCAUCUUGGGACAUAGCUAACCCUGCCUAACUUGGAUUUUUUCUUCAGGAUCAUUGUGCAGAGUAGUUCUUUAACUCUCAGGGAUUUUUAAU